AUGGGAGCAGCCUCCUCUUGGAUUCCGGGAAGUCUGGAAUCGUUCAGCAGUGGUCCAGAGGAUGUCCCAAAAGCCUUGAGGCCUUUGCUUGACCUACGUCUAGAUGAGCUCUGCGAGCUAUACCAGAAGUUUGCUGGUCAGGAGCAACUUCAGCCACAGAGCGUUGCGCGGGAAUUGCGCUUGGAUCAGAGAAAUGCGGAAUUGCUCGUGAAAAAAUUGGACAGCUUUGACCUACUCGUACUGCUGGUGGUGGUAAGCCAUACACAUUUUCUGACCAAGGCAAGGGGAGGGUUGAAAAUGCAAUGUCAUGCAAACAAGAUAAAACAAGAUGAAACAAGAGUCAAAAACAGCAUGUCUUUGAAGAUGUGUUUAGGGCCACGUUGGUUUACAAAACUUUGUUCCUUCUGCGGGGCACGCCUCAUCACGAAAGGUAGCCUAGGCUACCUGAGUUCUAUGUACUUUAGUACUAGUUUAGUACUGGGGGAGGUGGAUGUUCCUUUCCCGGAAAUUGAGACCCGAGAGUCACGAACGGAGACUUAG